GAUCACAGCCGCCGCAACGACUACGACCAGAUUGUCGUUGAUCCUUGCUUGAGUAACACCGUUAUCGUUGUUUGCUCCGUGAUUCGGUUACUUCUCUGUUCCCAUAAAAGUAUCUCAAAGAUAUAAUGCUUUUAUUUUUCUUAUUUUCGUAAAAGAUACAAAAAUUUGUUAAAAUAUAAUUGAAAUCGAUUUUAAAUAAAAUGACGCGGUUUAUUUCGAUCUAUCACAUAAAGUAAGCAGCACACAACAAUACUUAAAAAAAUUAAAAAAAAAAAAAAAAAUACAAAAUAAAGAAAAGUAAAAUAAACGUGAGUGAAGCAAUUAAUACAAAAUGUGAAAGAUGAAAAAUUUCAAUUUCGAAGAAUAAAAUGUAAUUUUUUUUUAAAUUUAAAUUUAAAAAAAUUUAUUCAAUUUUAUUCUUGUAAUAAAGAUAAAUUUAAAAUUAGUGCACAAUGAAAACAGUGAAUAUUAAACCAUAACAAAAAAAAUAUUUAAGUUAAUAAUAUUUUUUAAGCAAAACAAAAAAGAAGAAAAAAAAGAAGAUAGUGUCUACACACAUCUUGCACGGGGCAAAAAAAUAAUACAAAAUUAAAAAAAAAGAGAAUUUAAAUACAUAAAUUAAAUUUUAAAGAGAAAGAGAGAGAAAAAAUGGUUGUGCCCACAAUGGAUACUUUGCCCAGAGUUCCCGACACACAUGGAGACGUUGUCGACGAGAAAUUAUUCUCGGAUCUUUAUAUAAGGACGAGCUGGGUGGAUGCACAUGUUGCACUCGAUCAAAUAGAUAAGGGAAAAGCGAGAGGAAGUCGUACAGCGAUAUACCUGCGUUCAGUAUUUCAAUCACACCUCCAAUCCCUUGGCUAUUCGGUACAAAAACAUGCCGGCAAAGUGCUAUUUGUUGCAAUUUUAGUCCUCAGUACAUUUUGUGUUGGCCUUAAAAGUGCACAGAUGCAUUCCACAGUAAAUCAACUAUGGAUACAAGAGGGUGGCCGAUUGGAAAAUGAACUCGCGUAUACACAAAAAGCCAUCGGUGAGGUGGAAUCAUCAACGCAUCAGCUUAUCAUACAAACAGCGCAUGAUCCUAAUGCGUCCGUACUACAUCCGAAGGCCCUGCUAACGCAUUUGGAAGUUUUAAAGAAAGCAACUUCAGUAGCAGUUUAUAUGUUCGAAACGGAAUGGACGCUACGAGAUAUGUGCAACACUCCAACAAUACCAAGCUUCGAGGAACACUAUCUGGUCGAGCAGAUUUUCAAUCAUGUAAUACCAUGUUCGAUAAUAACUCCAUUGGAUUGUUUUUGGGAGGGAAGUCAUCUAUUGGGUCCCGAUUUUCCAGUUCAAAUACCUGGAAUGGAAAAACGAAUCAAAUGGGCUUGGUUAAAUCCACUUAAUUUCCUUCAAUCAAUGAAGAGAGACGAUAAAGAUCCAUUUCCUAUUGAAGUUGUCGAACAAUAUAUGAAACGAGCUGGAAUUUCUUCAGGCUAUACACAAAAACCAUGUUUGAAUCCACACAAUCCCGAUUGCCCUGAUACUGCACCGAAUAAGAACAGUACAACACCUCCGGAUGUUGGUUCUAUUUUAACUGGAGGGUGCUAUGGAUAUGCCACGAAAUACAUGCACUGGCCAGAAGAACUUAUUGUUGGGGGAGUGAUCAGGAACCGAACUGGUCAUUUGAAAAAAGCCAAAGGCCUUCAAACAGUUGUUCAAUUGAUGACCGAAAAAGAGAUGUAUGACUCAUUCUAUGAUCAAUACAAAGUCCAUCACAUCAGUUGGACACCAGAGAAAGCCGCUGAAGUCUUAAAUGCCUGGCAGAAAAAAUUCUCCAGUGAAGUAGACAAUAUGUUAAAGAACUCAAGGAUAUCAAAUUCCUAUGACAUCUAUGUGUUCUCUUCGGCUUCAUUGGAUGAUAUCCUGGCCAAGUUUUCAAACGCUAGCCCCUUGAGUAUUGUAAUUGGAGUUGCAGCGACAGUCUUCUAUGCCUUUUGUACCCUUCUUCGUUGGAAGGAACCAGUUAAAGGGCAAAGUACUGUCGGAGUUGCUGGAGUCUUGCUCAUUGGAAUGUCAACUGCUGCUGGACUCGGACUCUGCGCUUUGUUAGGAAUAGUCUUCAAUGCAGCUACAACACAAGUUGUUCCAUUUCUAGCACUUGGUCUAGGAGUAGAUCAUAUAUUUAUGCUUACUGCAGCCUAUGCAGAAAGUAAUCGCAAAGAGGAGACCAAAUUCAUCCUCAAAAAGGUCGGACCAAGCAUUCUAUUCAGUGCAGUUACAACGGCAGGCAGUUUUUUCGCAGCAGUUUUCAUUCCCGUCCCAGCUUUAAAGUCAUUUUGUCUUCAAGCUGCAAUUGUUAUGUGCUUCAACUUGGCAGCAGCUUUAUUGGUAUUCCCCGCUAUGAUUUCUCUAGAUCUUCGUCGAAGAAUGGCCGGUAGAGCUGAUAUCUUAUGUUGUUGCUUUCCCAUAUGGAAGGAGAAACCUUUAGCUACCAUAUCGGGUAGAUCAGCUGCUUCGUCAAGUUUAAAUAACAAUCGUUAUGAAAAUCCACGAAAUUUAGGUUUUCCCAUUAAAAAUUGUAACAAUCGUGGCCUAGGAGUUGGAGGUAGUCUUCCCAAUCAGGUUAAUCAAGAGGAAGCACUAUUAUCAUGUGCUGAAAAACGAAUGUGGCGUUUUUCACUAUCAAAAUUCGCCUACAAACACUAUACACCGAUUUUAAUGAAGAGCUCGGUAAAGUUCCUGGCUGUUAUGGUUUUCAUAGGAACCCUGAUCUUUGGAUUCUAUUCGGCGACAAAAUUACAAGAUGGCCUAGAUUUAAUAGACUUGGUGCCCAAAGACACAAACGAAUAUAAGUUCCUUAAUGCCCAAACAUCAAUGUUUGGCUUUUAUAGCAUGUACGCUGUUACACAGGGUAAUUUUGAAUACCCUAACAAUCAAGCACUAUUGCAUGAGUAUCAUGAGGCUUUUGUACGAGUUCCACAUGUGAUUAAGAAUGAUAAUGGUGGAUUGCCGGAUUUUUGGUUAACUCUGUUUCGAGAUUGGUUGAAGAAUUUGCAAGAUACAUUCGAUCGAGAGAGGCGAGAAGGGCGAAUUAAUCAGGAACGAUGGUUUAGUAAUGCGAGUGGUGAUGCUAUAUUGGCGUAUAAGCUUUUAGUUCAGACUGGUUAUGUGGAUAAUCCGAUUGAUAAGACUUUGGUAGCUGAAAAUCGUUUGGUUGAUCGAGAUGGAAUUAUCAAUCCAAAGGCGUUCUAUAACUAUCUAUCGGCAUGGGCAACUAAUGAUAUGUUUGCUUAUGGAGCUUCACAGGGAAAAUUACGACCCGAACCACGUGCUUAUGAACACUCGCCAUUAGAAGUCGAAUUGAAAAUUCCAAAGAGCCAACCACUUGUCUACACACAGCUGCCAUUUUACUUGCACGGUCUGACAGAUACAUCGGAAAUCAAGAGUCUCAUUGGACACAUUCGUGAUUUGAGUGAAAAAUUCGAAACAAGAGGCCUACCCAAUUAUCCAUCGGGCAUUCCAUUCAUCUUCUGGGAGCAAUACAUGACUUUGCGUUCAUCGUUGGCACUGAUCUUACUUUGUUCACUGGCUGCUGCAUUUGUCUUAGUUGCAACUUUGCUUCUAUCAGCAUGGGCCGCCUUAUUGGUGGUGAUUAAUGUUGUGGCAUCAUUGGUGCAGAUUUUUGGUGCAAUGACGCUACUUGGCAUCAAGCUCUCAGCUAUUCCAGCUGUGAUUUUGAUAUUAGGUGUUGGAUUAAUUGUCUGCUUUACCGUGAGGAUCUCACUGGGUUUCAUGACAUCUGUGGGCAGUCGUGAAAGACGUAUACUUUUGUCAAUGCAAGUCUCAAUGGGACCACUUGUACAUGGUAUAAUGACUUCCGCUUUAGCUGUAUUCAUGCUCUCAACAUCACCCUUUGAAUUUAUCAUACGACACUUCUUUUGGCUACUGUUAGUUGUACUGACAGUUGGUGCCGUCAAUGGAUUGGUUUUCUUCCCGAUUAUCCUUAGUAUACUUGGUCCAGAAGCCGAAUUGAUACCCCUCGAACAUCCGGAUCGAAUUUCAACACCCUCGCCGAUAUUGUCACGAAGUAAGAGAAGUGGUGCCAAUAAGACUGUCAUUGUAAACGGAUCACGUUCCCGUUGUAAUAAACCACACUACCAUCAUAAACAUGUGAAUAUCAAUGACCCAUCAUUGACAACAAUCACUGAAGAGCCACCAUCAUGGAAGUCUUCAAAUUCAUCGAUAACAAUGAACAAUGAUUGGAAUCAGAAAAAUUGUAGUAGUGGUGGUGGUAAUGGAGGAAGUGGUAGUAGCAGUAACAAUAGCAACAAUUAUCAUUAUCAACAUCCAUCGCAACAACAACAACAACAACAACAACAGCAACCACAACAUCAGCAACACUAUCAACAUCAGCAUCAAAAUCAUAAUCAACACCAUGGUCCUUCAAAGAACAACAACUAUGGUGGAAACAUGAAUAUGGGUGGAAAUUACCCUGAACUACAGAGUAUCGUAGUGCAACCCGAAGUGACAGUUGAGACACAUCACUCAGAUUCGAAUACAACAAAAGUGACAGCAACGGCGAAUAUUAAAGUGGAACUUGUCACACCCGGGCGAGCGUUAAGAAGUUAUAACUUCACAAGCUAGCGUUAAGAGUAUUUUCCAAAAUUAACUAUUAUUAAUAAAAUCCUUAUUUAUUUUAGUUUAUAGAAUUUAAACAAAAAAAUAAAAAAAAAAAAACAUUUUUGAUAUUUUUAAAAUUACCUUGAACGUAUAGUAUUAAACAAAAAAGAAAAUUAAAUAUUAACACAAAAAAAUGUACAUAAUAAUAAGAUUAAUAAUGAUUAUAAAAAUUUAAGUUAAAAACACUGUUUUUAUUUCUAUUUUGUCUUUUUGAAUUAUAUUUAAUUAUAAGUGUGCUUGUAGAGUGUUAACUAUUCGUAACUUUAAGAUAAACAAAAAUCUCUUUUGUAUAUGUACUUACUAUGUAUUUAGUUUUACAAUUAUUAUAUUUUACAAACAAAAAAAAAACAUCAUUAAAAAAAAGUUAUUGUUUUAAGAAAAACCUAUUUAUUUAUUAUAUUAGGACGAACUACUACAAUACACCACGUGAAAAAAUAUCAGUUUUAAUUAUUAUAUAUUAAUAUUUUUAUUAGUUUAAUGUAAAUGUAUACCUAAUUGUAUCCUUCAGUUUUUUUAAAACUAUUUUUUCCAUCUCUCUCACACACACACAUAACUUUGUUUUUUUUUUUUUUUUAAUAAAAUCACACACACAUAUAUAAUUAACAAAAAAGAAAAAAAAAACUCAUCAGAUUAAUUUAUUUGAACAAAACAAUUAAUUGUAUUCAUUAAAGACUGAAAUGUUAUUACACACGGUAUAAUAUUAAACAAACAAAAAAAAAAAAAUAAAAUAAAACGAAUAGAACGAAAUAAUAGAAUCUCAAUCUGGCAGCACUGUUUUGUUUUCUUUGAGUUAAACAAAAAUUUAUAAUUAGAAGAAAAAUAACAAUAAAAGAAAAUAAAAGUAUGUACAAUUAAAAACUUCACGAAAUGGAAUAGAACACAAAAAAAAAAACGAACUCUUGUACCUCAAAGAAUGUUGGGAAUAGAAUGAAUAAAUAAACAUAAAAAGAAUC